CCCAGCUUGCGAGUUUGCCCAGCCGAGCCAGCUUCCCCAGAUGGGCGAGCCAGAAUUCCUCAGCAAUCAAGGGUCCAUCUCUAAGUUAAGUGAGGGAUUUAAGGAAAUGAACGCCUCACAUACAUCCUAUCUGGCAUCGUCGAGAAUCAACGCAUCGUCCUGACCCAGGGCGACGACAGCCACGAUGCGCGAUGGAUUCCGUCGCGUCAAGGACCGGUUCAGCAGGAAGCGCAAAGACAGCGUGGUCGACAGCCUGCGCUCCGACAGCACCGGCUCCACAGCCAUCGCCCAGGCCUCCUUCCUUGGCCUGCCGCCGGAACUGCGAAAUAACAUCUACCACCACCUAGCCGAUGCGACCACCUUGCUCUUGUCUCCCGCGGGACAUCCCAAGAGGCGCCCGCCGCCCGUCGGCCUCCUCGCAGCAUGCAAACAGACGCUCAAGGAGUACAAGGCCAUCUUAAUGACGCGCGCCUGCAUCAUCCUCGCCGUGCACGACUACAACUUCAGCAACGUGAUCCGCACGUUCGAAAAGCUCAACGACGACAGCAUUGCGCUCAUGAAGCUGAACGAGCAAAUCUGGAUCUACCUGCACCUCGGGCACGUGCCCAGCCGCGACGACCGCAAAGCGCUGCGCGCCUGGUGCGAUUACCGCAAAGACAUGGCGCUCAGGCCGUACUUUGGGAGUGGCCAGCGCGUCUCGCCUGAUGUCUCGUUUCAUUACGAUGUGCAAUUUCUGCAUCAUAUGCGGCCUCCCCGGCCGCCGAUUCGGUAUGCGAAUGGCAUUGAGAUGCGGCGGGAUUUGCUGCGGAGUCAUCAGCGGAUGGCGGCUCAUAUUGAAUCGCUGGACGAGGAGAGCCCGAGCAUGGAGCUGCGGCGGAUACGAGAUGAUUUGGAGGAUCGGGCGAAGAUUCUGGACGAGAUGUUGGUGGAUGCUGGUGCGACGUUGUCCAUAAGAAGGAGCGUCUUUUGAUGGCUGCCCGAGUGGUAUGUGGCCCGCCAGAACACAUCGGGAAGAUUGGAUCUACCUUCCGACACGUCAAUACAUUCAAUUCCGAGAGGGACGCAGGGCGUGACCGUGAUGAUGAGUACGAAUUGCCGAAUGACUUUGACGAGGUCGAUGACCGCAGCUGAUGGUGCUGGAUAUAUGUAUUUGACUAACAACUACGACGUGAUUGCUCCAAAGACUCGAGACUCCGCUGUAUUUGCUCUGAUUACCCCCGGAAUAACCUGUCUCAUGUCUUGGUGAGGACGUGCUUGACGGCUUGG